AUGAAAUAUCUAUUCAAUUUUAUUCUCUUACAUGUCAUUUUUGCUACUCCACAAAUCAAUCUUCAUUAUACAGAUUGGGUAAGUGAAAAUGAAAAUAAUAAUGUAUUACAACAUGAUUGUUUACGCGUUCCUGCUUCUAUCAAUGAAGCAAAAAUUAGUCGUGAAAUUAUAUCUUAUUGUAUGAAUGAAUUACCAUCAAAAUUUCAUAUCGAAAACAAUGAUAUUUUUCCAAAGUUUACUUUUGUCGAACUUUCGAAAUUAAAUAUUACUAGUCAACAAUUAUAUUAUUGGUCCGCUCCGAUCGAUCUUAUUGAACGUUAUCAAUUCUAUUUAAAUCAAUUAUUAAUAUCAAAUGCUGUAGUUCUCGAAAAACAAAUAUUCUAUAAUUGUACACUACCAAGAUUUGGUUCUAUGUGUCAAUAUGAAAUUAUUUAUUAUCAUUCAAAUCAUUCAUCUUUAUAUGAAGUGAUUCAUGAUUAUUAUCGUUUAUAUGAAUAUAAUCCUACUAAUUUGGCAUUUUACACUCAUUUACAAUGUAAUCGUGGUUCGUUACCAGCAUGUUUAGAUUGGAGUGAAAUAUGUAAUGGACAAGUAGAUUGUCUUGAUGGUAAUUUCGAUGAAGAACAUUGUUGGCAACUUGAAAUAAAUGACUGUAAUGAAAAUGAAUAUCGAUGUAUUAAUGGACAAUGUAUACCACAAUCGUUUUUUCGAGAUGAUAGUCAUACUCCUGAUUGUUUCGAUGGUUCUGACGAAGUUGCAAAAUAUGGUGCAUGGUUUAAUUACUGUAGUAAAGUAAUUCCGUCAUUUGAAUGCGAAGAAAAGAUAUGUGAAUAUACUUUUUUAACAAGUUCUUGUGUAUUACAACGUCAAAACUUACUAAUAGAAGCAAUCUAUUCUGAUAAAGACAAUUCGGUAUCUGAACAAUGUUGGUUAGCAUUUAAAUGUGUUUUAGCAGUGCCUGGUUCAGAAGAACCGAUGUGUCAUAAUAUUUGUAAAGGAUUCGUUUGUGUUGAAAUUAUACAAAGCACAUGUCCGGAUAUGUUUUAUAUUCCGAAUGUUCCAAUUCUUUUUGGUGAAAUUUACCUUCUACACACAAUUAAUGAUUCAAGAGUUUUGGCCAGUAGAAAUUUUGCAAGACCCUAUGUAUGUCAUAACAAUUCUCGUUAUGAUGAGUAUUUCAUUCAUCUUCCAAAUUUUGUUUUUGAAAAUAGAACAUGUUUCUAUCCUUUAAACUUAUUGAUUAAUUUGGCUUUGGUGCCUGACUGGUUUGUGAGAUAUCACAAACCAUUAGACGACCUAUACAGAGAUUUAAAGCGAUUUAAUCUAGUUAUGAAUUAUACCACUACAAUUUGUAAGAAAGCAAACAUGUACCAGUGUUUAAAUUCGAUAAAAUGUAUACCAAUUAAUCGCCUCAUGGAUCGUAGAAAAGAUUGUCCCUAUAGAGAUGACGAGGACCUAACCAAAAUGACUGAUUCUAAUUUAACAGAACUUUUAAAAAGUCACUUCAAAUGUGAAAUGACUAACAAGUACAUUAGUCAAUCGAUUGUUCAAGAUAAAGCUUGCGACUGCAAAUUGGAAAACGAAAAUUUUUGUGAAGAUGAAGAUUUUCAUAUACACUAUGCAAGAAAGAAUAUUUCAUUUCAAACUAUUUGUGAUGGAUUUACUGAACUAAUUCCAAUAACUAUCGACGGACAAAAUGAAACAGAUGAAACAGAAUGCGAAAAAUGGUCAUGUAAUAAUAUUUACACUAGUUGUGAUGGUUUAUGGAAUUGUCCACGUGGUGAAGAUGAAAUUGGUUGUGAUAUAUUGUCAACAUUAAAUUGUUCUGCAUAUCAUCAUAAAUGUGUUUUACUUGAUACGAAUCAACUUAUAUGUCUAUCGAUAGAAAAAGUCAAUAAUGGUAAAGUUGAUUGUCUUGGAGGUACUGAUGAACCAACAUUAUGUCGACAGAUAUUUCAAGACAAACUGGUUGACAAAUUUUUCUGCUUGAGACAAAACAGGAGAGAAUGUAUUUUAUCUGCACAACUAUGCGAUGGUGAAAUAAUUUGUGAUCAUGGCGAUGACGAAAAAUUUUGUCAAAACAAUUACUUAAAUAAGUCUAACUCUUUGGGAAUUUGCAAUUCGGCUCAUUCUAGUAUUCGUUCGGAUGUCGAACAAUUUUUAUGCCAUGAAGCAACGGUGAAGACAAUACAAGAAAUUAAAUAUUUUUCAUUGGAAGAAAUGAGCAAAAAUGUAGAUGAUCAAACUAAGAAUGUGUUUAAGUCAUUAUUUCCAAGUUCAUCUAUCAUUAAACAAUUUCAUCAACAUAAACCUCGAUGUCAUCGUGGUUUUGAUGUACGCAUUUGGUUAAACAAUCAAAAGAAUUUAACAACAGACAUAUGUUUUUGUCCACCUAGUUUUUAUGGUGAUCAAUGUCAAUAUCAAAAUCAACGCGUAAGUUUAACUAUUAAAUUUCGAGCACUAUCAGAUUCUUGGUCAACAUUAUUUGCAAUAAUUAUUUCACUUAUUGAUGAUAGUGAUGAAAGAAUUAUUCAUUCAUAUGAACAAUUCACUUAUUUAUCAAUGAGAGAUUGUAAAGUUAAAUUUAAUAUUUAUUUACUUUAUUCAACUCGACCAAAAAAUCAAACAAAAAAUUAUGCAAUACAUAUUGAUAUUUAUGAGAAAGUUUCAUUAUCCUAUCGAGGAAGUUUAUUAUUUCCAAUCAUAUUUCCAUUUUUGCCUGUUUAUCGUAUGGCAUAUAAAAUUGAUAUUCCACAAAAUAAUCAAAACAUGAAAAGUUGUUCAAAUUCUCGAUGUAUUCAUGGAAAAUGUAUCAUGUAUUUAAAUAAUCGACAAAAUACACAUUUUUGUCAAUGCUAUCAAGGAUGGUCUGGACGAUAUUGUACGAUUCCACAUAGAUCUAUGUGCUCAUCCGAUUCAUUAAAUAUUGGUGUUUCUGCUUACAAUCAAUCGAUAUGUUUAUGUCCUAUUCAUAAAUUUGGUUAUCGAUGUCUUCUUGUCAAUACAAUUUGUGAAAUGAAUAAUAAUUAUUUGAAAUGCCUAAAUGGUGGUAAAUGUAUACCUGCUGAUGAAUAUACAAUUUCUAAACAAAAAUUUCUAUGUAUUUGUGCAAGAGGUUAUAUUGGUGAUCGAUGUGAAAUAGUUGAUAAUCAAAUAAUUUUAUCAUUUAAUAAUGAUAUUGUUUUAUCUCAAUCAAUAUUUAUUCAUUUUAUUCAAGUUCUCAAAGAUGGUCCACCUGUUAGAACAACGACUUUUCGAACGAUAUCUCUUAUAAAACAUUCACUUACAAUUUAUUGGUCACACCCAUUUAAUCUUAUUUUUAUUGAACUUUUAAAUAAAAUUUAUUACUUAGUUAUUGUUCAAAAAAGUUACGAACAAUCAAUAAUAAUUAAUAAAACGAUAAAUCCAUCGGAUUAUUGUCCACAUAUGAAUGAAUUAUUUAAUGAAACAUUUGUUAAAAUGCAUCUUAUUCGUCGUAUUAAAUAUUAUCAUUUACCAUGUCAAAAUUAUUCAUUAAAUAUUUCUUGUUUUCAUGAUGAUCAUCAUAUUUGUUUAUGUUAUGAUUAUAAACAAAAACGUUUAGCCAAUUGUUUAGAUUUUAAUCAUAAUAUGAAAUUUGAUUGUUUAGGUGAAAGUGUGUGUGAAAAUAAUGGUCAAUGUUUUCAAGAUACUCCAGAUUGUCCUCAAAAAUCAAUAUGUAUUUGUCCAUCAUGUGUUUAUGGAACACGUUGUCAAUUUAGUGCAAACCUAUUUGGUUUAUCACUUGAUCCCAUCAUAGGUUAUCAUAUUCAACCACAUAUUAAUUUUACAAAUCAACCAACUAUUGUAAAAAUUAGUUCAGCAUUAACGAUAAUAUUUAUAAUCGUAGGAUUUGUUAAUGGAAUUUUAUCUUUAAUUACAUUUAUCAAUAAGAAUAUACGUGAAGUUGGUUGUGGUUUAUAUUUAUUAGGCUCAUCAAUUACUACUUUACUUACGACGAUCAUAUUUGGAUUAAAAUUUUGUAUACUUGUAUUUGCACAAAUGGCACUUAUAUCUAAUAGAUCAUUUUUAAAAAUUCAAUGUUUAUUACUUGAUUUUAUUUUACGAGUUUGUCUUAAUAUAGAUCAAUGGUUAAAUGCUUGUGUGGCAAUAGAACGUGCAAUAACAAUCAUAAAAGCUGCUCGUUUUCAUAAGAAAAAAAGUAAACAAAUAGCUAAAAUAGUUAUUAUUAUUAUUCCAAUUGUCGUUAUUGUUACAACAAUUUAUGAUCCUUUUUAUCGACGUUUAAUCGAUGAAGAAAAUGAAGAUGAUAAACGAAUAUGGUGUAUUGUUAAUUAUUCAAUUGGUAUAAAAAUAUUUAAUUCAAUUAUACAUACUUUUCAUUUUUUAGCUCCAUUGAUGAUUAAUAUUACAUCAGUUAUUAUUCUCAUAACAAAAAAGACUCGUCACAGAUCAAAUAUUCAGACUGGUCGAUCUUAUAUAGAACAUUUAAAGGAACAAAUUCAUCAACAUAAACAUUUAUUUACUGCUCCAGUUAUAUUAGUCAUUCUUGGAUUACCACGCUUAAUUCUUUUAUUUGUAUCAACAUGUAUGAAAUCAACAGAUGAUGCAUGGUUAUUUCUUGUUGGAUAUUUUAUUUCAUUUAUUCCAUCGAUGCUAACAUUUGUAGUAUUUAUAUUACCAUCGAAAUUUUACAAACAACAACUUCGACAAACUCUUACCACUUAUCUAACUCAAAUUCAACGACGUUUUCAAUUUAUUAUGUAA